UAGCUAUUGAAACGUUUGGUGUUUUUGGCCCUGAAGCAUCAUCUUUCAUCAAUGAAAUUGGAAAAAAGGUAACCGAUGAAACCCACGAAUCAAGAGCCACAUCUUUUCUCAUUCAGAAAAUUAGUAUUGCCAUCCAAAGAGGAAAUGCAGCUUCGUUUUUCGGUACUCUCCCUGAUUCCAAAAAACUUGAUGAAAUUUACUUGUUUCCUGAAAACCAAUUUUAUAAAAAAAAGAGAGGUAAUAAGAAACCACUUAAUGAAAUUAAAAUAAAAGCAAAUAAAAAAAAAUACUUUAUCUCAGCAAAAUUCUCAAAUGGGUUUCAAAGAUAUUUCGGAUUGUUCAGUGAUAAAUUCUUCAGUCAAAACCUUUGGGUUAAAUGGUUUAAAAAAUAUUGGUAACACCUGUUUCAUGAACAGCGUAAUUCAAUGUUUAUCAAAUACGAGAUGGUUAUUGGAAUAUUUGAAAAAGGAUGAAUUCAUGAAAGAUAUCAAUACUAGUAUUUCUAGUAUGGAGGGUGCUUUAAUAAAAUCGUUUGCAGAAGUCAUCAAGGAGUUGUGGUCAGAAGAUUCAUUUGAUAAAGUAGUAAAUACAGCCUCCUUAAAAAAUCAGAUUCAAAGUUUUGCUCCUCGAUUCAUGGGUAAUUCCCAUCAAGACGCCCAGGAGUUUCUCCGUUAUCUUUUAGAAGGAUUACAUGAAGAGGUUAAUAUAAUUAAUGAGAAACCUAAACCAAUCUUAACGGAGAUUGACGAAAAAUUGAGCGACAGCGGAAAUGCACAAGAAUCAUGGCUCACAUAUUUGAGGAUGCAUAACUCUAAGAUUGUAGAUAAUUUCGUUGGCCAAUUGAAAUCCACGAUGAAAUGCACACACUGUGGAUACUCUUCAGUAACAUUUGAUCCUUUCUGGGAUUUGUCUCUCUUCAUACCACAAAGAACCGACCAAUUGAGUUUGUGGCAAUGCUUAGAUUAUUUUACAAGAGAAGAAACUUUGGAUGGAAUUGAAAAACCGACGUGUUCGAAAUGCAAGGAAAGGAGAAAAUGCAUAAAGUCCCUGUCAAUCCACAAGUUUCCCUAUAUUUUAGUAAUACAUUUAAAAAGAUUCUCUCCAACGGAAAGUAGAGGCAAAUUGAAUGAUGUCAUCGAAUUUCCUCUAGAAGGAUUGGAUAUGGACAAUUUUGCAGGAGAAAAUGUGGCUACUUGUUAUAAUCUAUAUGCACUUUUAAAUCACAGUGGGACUACUAACAGAGGACAUUAUACAGCAUACUGCAGACACCCGUAUACUAGCGCGUGGCACAAAUACAACGAUUCACACGUGUCACCAAUUUCACCAAAGUCGCUUGUGAGUGGAGAAGCAUACGUCCUCUUUUAUGUAAAGGAUGGAAAAAAAUCGCGCCUUUAAGAUAACCGAAGGAAAGUUUAACUUUUAGUUUCUUCAAUUUUGUAAUUUUUUUCAACUUCUCAUUUUUG